GCUCCCCGGGCUGCCCUGUCGUUCGCUGCGCUUCUGCGCCGCACUUCUGUUCAGUUACCAUAAGUUUUUAAAGCAAAAAGCGCACUUACUUACUUUUAAUUUUUUUAAACAUUUGUUUUCUUUUCGCGCCGAAAGUUGCGUGCCGCGGCGGGAGGCGAGAUGUGGAGGAAGGCGUUCCUGGCCGCCGUGUGCCUCUGGCUGCGCUGGGAGCCUGCUCUCGGCGGUGAAAACAAUUUUGAGGGAAUCGAGAGCAAGUUUUCUUUACGGACGCCUGCAGAGCCCGAUGAAGAUGUCUGCUACCUGGUUCCUGGGCAGGUGGACAGCCUGGCACAGUGCAACUUCAAUCACACCAGUAAAACCUUCGUGGUCAUCCACGGGUGGACGGUGACAGGGAUGUAUGAAAGUUGGGUCCCAAAGCUGGUGGAUGCCCUGUACAAGAGGGAGCCUGACUCCAACGUCAUUGUGGUGGAUUGGCUAGUUCGAGCUCAGCAGCACUAUCCCGUGUCUGCUGCGUACACCAGGCUGGUGGGAAGGGAUGUUGCUACGUUUAUUGAUUGGAUGGAGGAGCAAUUCAAUUAUCCUCUCAACAAUCUUCACUUGCUGGGGUACAGUCUAGGUGCCCAUGCUGCUGGGAUUGCUGGGAACCUGGCCAAAAAGAAGGUGAACAGAAUUACUGGGCUGGAUCCUGCUGGUCCUACCUUUGAGUAUGCUGAUGAACUCACCCGCCUCUCCCCGGAUGAUGCUGAGUUUGUGGAUGUCCUACACACCUACACCCGAGGCUCUCCAGACCGCAGCAUUGGGAUCCAGAAACCUGUUGGACACAUUGAUAUUUAUCCCAAUGGUGGAGGUUUCCAGCCAGGUUGCAAUUUUGGGGAAGCACUGCGUCUGAUCGCUGAGAAAGGCCUUGGAGAUGUGGACCAGCUGGUGAAAUGCUCCCAUGAACGAUCCAUCCACCUCUUCAUUGACUCUCUCCUGAAUGAGGAGAAGCCCAGCAUGGCCUACCGCUGUAACACCAAGGAGGCCUUUGAGAAGGGCCUCUGCCUGAGCUGCCGCAAGAACCGCUGCAACAAUUUGGGCUACAAGGUCAACAGAGUGAGAACAAAGAGAAACACCAAAAUGUAUCUGAAAACCCGUGCUCAGAUGCCCUAUAAAGUCUUUCAUUACCAGGUCAAGAUCCAUUUCUUUGGAAAGACAGACAUGACCAAGACAAAUCAGCCAUUCCUGAUAUCUCUCUAUGGCACUCUAGAUGAGAGUGAGAACAUUGGUUUCACACUGCCUGAAGUCUCCUCAAACAAGACAUUUUCCUUCCUGAUUUACACAGAAGUGGAUAUUGGAGACCUGCUUAUGCUGAAGCUGCAGUGGGAAAAAGACACCUUCUUCAGCUGGUCAGACUGGUGGAGUCCUUUAACGUUUGACAUCCAGAGAAUCAGAGUGAAGUCAGGAGAAACUCAGAAAAAAGUGGUGUUCUGUUCUCGAGAUGGCACCUCACGUCUCAGCAAGGGAGAAGACCCAGCAAUAUUUGUGAAAUGCUCGGAGCAGCCCGUCAACAGGAAGAGAGGAGGUUCCAAGAAAACCUCGAAAGAAAAUUCUGCUCAUGAAUCUGCUUAAGUGACAAGAACAAAGAUUUUUCACACUGGGGAGGAGAAAAGUCUGUUCAUCCCUGUGGACUGGAUGUUCAGAACCAAAUAUAUAGAAAUAUUUAUCCAUUGCUGGAUUUUUGCCUGCUAUUCCUAGCUAUUUGAGAGACUUCUUGUAAAAAAGUCUCAGCAUAUGAAGUUACUAACCAUAAAGAUACAUUAUCCAAAUAGUUAAAAACAGAAAGAAACCUGCAAAACAACUUGCCAAAAGUUUGGAGUGCUGAAAAGAUAGAGGUAAUUUUGCUUAAUCAUGGUGCCUUGUGACAAGGUUUCUUGACAUCAGAUCUUACAUAGCAAUUUUUUAAUAUUUAUUGGAAAGAAACAAAGCCCUGUACUUGGUUUUA